ACCCAAGAAAUCAUCGAAUGGGUCUAUAAUCAUCAGAUACUCCCGGAAAAUGGUAUUUUGUCACAUUUUCUAGUCCCAUCUCAUUCAGGCUACGAUGCUCAUUGUGGAUUUCGUGGCUCUUCUUAUGUUAGUCGUCUAGCUGAUCAAAAGACGAAUUCGCCCUACGAUUGCGGCCAUGUCACUAUGGCAUACAAUGCCUUAUGUAUUCUACUCACAAUGGGUGAUGAUCUUUCCAGUGUUGAUCGUCGUGGAGUAUUAAAUGGAAUCACAUCUCUGCAGUGCAAAGAUGAGCCAGGAUUGUUCCAAGCUAGCUUGAUAAGUCCUGAACGAGAUAUGCGUUUUGUGUAUUCAGCUGUGGCAAGUUGUUUCAUAUUGGACGGAUUAGAUGUUCUCGAUAAAGACGCAAUCAUAUCCUUCAUCGAUCGUUCCUAUGUGAGUUUUGCUUAUUUCGUGUUGCCGCUUAGUGUUUGCUAUCGGCUCUAUCUAUUCGUUUAUCAGACUCAAUGA